UCUUUCUCCGCUGCUGGUGUCACGUGCGCGCGUAUACCCAAGCGCACCCGCGCAGGGAGUACCGUUAGCUCGUCGGUGCCGGCUCUCCAAUAUUAUAAAAGCUAAGCGACUUCCCGAUCGCGAGGUCAGUCUUUUGCCUCCGCGAGCAUGACAUCUCGCGGAUCCUUCUGGCUGCUGCCACUUUUGCUGGUUACUGCUAGCGCGUUGGUCUUGUCAGAGCCCAAGUUUCUUAGGAGCGAAGAUGCCUCGUCAAAGAAAUUCGAUAUUCCCGAAGAAGAUGUGGUCACCUACGAGGGCGCCCAAGUUUGGAGAAUCGUCGACGUCGCUGACAAAUCCGAAUAUCUUAGUUAUCUGCAGGAAAAGGAGGAUUUAACUCUGUGGAAUGGCAAUGACACGACCAUGGAUGUGCUGGUACUUCCCGACAAUAUCCAUCAUGUUUCUCGUUUUUUGCAUAGGCGGAACAUCGAAUACGACAUUCUCAUAACUGAUCUCCAACAAAUGAUUAAUCAUGAGAAUCCAGUUAAAACUCAAACGGAAAUCGAAGAGCUGGAGGGUCGCAACGCUCGCUACGCUUGGUGGAAAACUUCUGUGAUGCGAAAAAGUUUCUCCUCGCGAUAUUAUUCUCGCUAUCCUAUGCAUAAUUCGCUAGAGGGUGUCGGUGAUCAUCGCUGGCCUUGGAAGGGACACAGAAUGGAAUGGACGAGCUAUCAUCGAGUCGACGAUAUCAAUGGUUAUCUCGACUACUUGGCUAAUACCUUUCCGGAAUUCUGCUCGGUUAUGUCUAUUGGCAAAUCUGUCCAAGGACGCGAACUCAAAGUACUCCGUAUAAGCAAAGGGCAGCCAAACGCUCCAGCGCUGUGGAUCGAUGGAGGCAUUCACGCGCGCGAAUGGAUUUCACCUGCGGUCGUCACUUACGUCAUAGAUUAUCUGGUUGAGCACAUCGACCAGCUUGAGACGGAUUACUACAUUUUGCCUGUCGUCAAUCCCGAUGGAUACGAGUACACGUUCCGAGGGAACAGACUGUGGCGCAAAAAUCGCGGACACCCCGAGAGGGGUGGUAAUUGCGUAGGCGUCGAUCUCAACCGUAACUUUGGCUACAGGUGGGGGGGUAUGGGUACCAGCAAAUCGCCUUGUCGCGAAACGUACGCCGGUACCGGGCCCUUCUCCGAGCCCGAGACGCGUGCCAUCAAGAACUUUUUCGAGGCAAGCGCUGCCAAUUUCAAAGCCUACCUGACGUUCCACAGCUAUGGCCAAUACAUUCUGUACCCAUGGGGCUAUGAUCGCCGCGUGCCCCCGGACUACAAGGACCUCGACAGCGUGGGCAGGAGCAUGGCCGCGGCGAUGAAGAGCGCCGGGGGGGCCAACAGUGUGUAUACGGUGGGCAACAGCGCGAGCACCCUGUACGCGGCCGCGGGUGGCGCCGACGACUGGGCCAAGGCUUACAUCAAAGUCAAGUACGCCUACACAGUCGAGCUAAGGGACAAGGGUCAAAAUGGCUUUAUAUUGCCGGCUUACUACAUCAAACCCACCGCUGAAGAAGCUCUUGCUGCCGUCAAGGUCGUCGCCAAGGCAGUACUACAGCUCUGAGCUCUACCGCCUACUGUACUUACACUUGCAGCUUGCGCGCUGCUGAAGCUAUUGUGAUGUAAU